CCUCCUUUCCUUAUCCUCCCCACACUCGUCCAUUCCUCUUCAUCACCACCAAACCCUAACUAACCUUGAGUCGUUUAUAGAGAGAGAAAGCUAGUAAAUAACAAAAACAGAAAGAAAGUAGAAUUCUAGAGAGAGACCUACACACUUUAUCUCUCUCCCUUUACUUCUCAAUGUGCAUAUAUUUAUCACAUUUCUAAUAUAUAUAUAUAUAUAUAUUAGAGAUUGAGAUUGGAAGAAAAGAAUGUUCUUUCAAAACCCAACUCGAAUCUUGAAUUAAUAAAAUAUAUACCUCCUGUUUUUUGUUAUUAUUAUUUUUCUUUCUCUUAGCUAGUUACUAUAAGUUUGUACACUUCAAGCUGAAUAGAAAAACCUUGAUCUUUUAUAAAAUGAAUGAUCAAGGAAUUUCAGGUUCAGCUUCUGUUCCUCUGUUAAGCCGUUAUAAUUCUGGAAAAUCAAGAAAAGAAAAAAAUAAGCAAGAUUCUCUUUACUGCCAAUACCAAUCAUGGAGGCCUUCUCUUUCACAGGCUGUUGAAGAAAUCAAACAGCUUUAUACCAUAGCCUUUCCGAUGAUCAUUACAGGACUUCUCAUCUAUGGCAAGUCUGCAAUUUCAAUGAUCUUCAUGGGUAAAUUAGGGAAAGAAGUAUUAGCAGGAGGCUCUCUUUCCAUUGGAAUAGCUAACAUUUCUGGUUACUCUGUUAUCUCUGGUCUUGCUAUGGGAAUGGAAGCUAUUUCCUCUCAAGCUUGUGGAGCCAAGCAAUGGCCUCUUAUGAGCCAAACUCUUCAACGAACGAUAGCAAUUCUUACAUUAUGUUGCAUACCCAUUUCUCUUUUAUGGCUAAACAUUGAGCCUCUCCUUAUAUUCUGUGGUCAAGACCCUUCAAUCUCUUCCAUUGCUUCUACUUAUCUAGCUUUCUCUCUUCCUGAUCUAAUUCUUCAAUCUUUUAUCAACCCUCUUAAAAUCUACCUAAGAACUCAAAAUAUAACUCUUCCUCUUAUGUUAAGUUCAGCUUUUGCCCUAAUUUUACAUGUUCCAAUAAACCACAUACUUGUUUAUCACCUUGGCAUACAAGGCAUAGCUGUUGCAGUAACUAUAACAGACUUAAAUCUUCUCGUUACUCUUUUGCUUUACCUUUGUUUCUCUGGCAUUUGUCGAGAGUCAUGGCAAGGUUGGUCUCUUCGUUGUUUCGAUGAAUGGAAGCCGAUUCUUGAUUUGGCUAUCCCUAGUUGCGUUUCUGUUUGUUUAGAAUGGUGGUGGUAUGAGCUUAUGAUAGUGUUUUCGGGACUUUUAACAAACGCUUCUGAUGCAGUUGCUACAAUGGGAAUUUUAAUACAAGCGACUUCUCUUCUUUAUAUUUUCCCUUCAGCGCUGAGUCUAGCUGUUUCAACUCGAGUAGGGAAUGAGUUAGGGGCGAACCAGCCUAGCAAAGCAAAAACUUCUUCUGUUGUUGCAUUGUCAUGUGCUAUUUUCAUGGGUUUUAUUGCGAUGCUAUUCAUGAUAUCGAUGAGGCAUGCUUGGGGUCAAAUUUUCACUACCGAUAAUGCCAUUUUGUCGUUGACUGCCUCCGCAAUGCCGGUGGUAGGGCUUUGUGAGCUAGGGAACUGCCCUCAAACUACCGGCUGUGGGGUAUUGAGAGGCAGUGCUAGGCCAACUCUUGGUGCUAAUAUAAAUUUGAGUUCUUUUUAUGGUAUAGGAUUGCCUAUUGCUAUAUUAAUGGGCUUUGUGAUGGGCUUGGGCUUACUGGGACUUUGGUUGGGCUUGUUGGCUGCUCAAGUUGUUUGUGCUGUUAUUAUGGUGGUGGUGUUGAUGAGGACAGAUUGGGAAAUGGAAGCAAAUAGAGCAAGAGAGUUAACUGGUAUUGAUUGGGUUGGUGAAGAAGAAGAAGCAGAGGGUAAAACAAAAAACAUUGAAGGAUUGAUUUCAGUCACGCUUGUUGAUUAGAAAUCAACUUUACGAUUCCUCAGUCCUUUUUUUUUUUUUUUUUUUUUUUUUU